CCCUUCGCGCCUCACCCACUGCGUGGGGCCGAUAAGAGCAGAGUAAACUUGGGCGUGUUCAGGGCGAACCCGGUUCCAGACGCGCAGCACCUGGCGCGGGACUGAGGCCACUUCAGGCUCCUGCUUCGCCGGGGACCCAGCGACCGACCCCCCCCCUCCCCGCCCCCCACUGCUCAGGGGGCUGCAGGUGUCCGGCGCCCUCAAUCGCCUGCCCCCCGGCGCCAUGGGCCGGACCCUGCUCCUCGCGGGCACCUGCCUGCUCUGCUGGGCCACCGGGGGGGCGCUGCAGUGCCGUGUGUGUGAGGUGGGGAACCCCUACGAGGGCUGCGUGUGGGGCCAGGGGACGUGCACGGCCCCCCCCGGGGGCGUCUGCUGGAGCCACGUCGCCGCCUUCGGCCCCCUCUUCUCGCUGUCCACCCUGGGCUGCGACCCCCCCGGGGCCCCCCGUGACGCGGCCGGGCUCCUCGACCCCUUCUUCGGCUUCACCUACAACCGCACCUGCUGCAACGAGACCGACCUCUGCAACGCGCCCCCCGCCCUGCCCCCCCGCUGGCCCUGGAGCCGCGCCCCCCACGCCCCCGCGCCCCCCCACGCUGCCCUGCUGGGGACGCUGGUGCUCUGGGCCCUGCACUGAGCCAGAGGCCCCCCGCCCCCCACGACUCCCCCAGCACCCUGCCUUCCCAGGCUCCCCAGGGACCCGACAACGACAAACCGGCCCCCGAGAGACCCUACAAUAACAAACGAGCCUCUGAAGCCCCUGAAUGACCCGACAACGACAAACCGGCCCCCGAGA